AUGCCCACGAGCAUUGCUGGGGAACACAGCACGGGUACCACUAGCGCUACCGUGGCAAAUGGCGCCGUCGCACUUGGACAGAGGCCGCCGGUGAUGCAAGGAGCUGCCCGUGAGACGCUGUCACUUUCUCCGGUGGUGCUCAGCCGUUGCGACGACACCAACGCUGGUGAUGCGUCCAGCGACAGCGAGAGCUCAUCUUCCGACGCGAGCGACCACGACUCGGACUGGGACGGACAGCAGACGUCGCAGCACGAGGCACAAGACCAUCGCGAGCUAGUGCGCUUUCUCGAAACGCUGCAGUCCGUGCAGUUUGAUGAUCUCCCUUUUGCAGCGGUGCCGGCGUCGAUGCGGGCUAGGGCGGAGCUGCGACCGUUUCAACUGCAGGCCCUGUACUGGCUCCUGACACGCGAGCAGCAAUCAGCGUCCCAGGACAAGGAAGCUUUCGAUGACGACAGCGACACUCGGGCAGCGAAGCCACUUAAAGAAAGCGGCUUUCAAGGCGCAUCGGGGCAAGCAAAGGCGGGCGGUGCCGAAUGGAGGGGCGGGUUUGGGUCUUCCGACGGGCUCCGCCAUGUCCCUAACUCGUCCCCAGCCAUCCCCCCGGACACGUCAUCCACCGUGCAGGGUGGGGUCUUUGCAGACUUCAUGGGCCUCGGCAAAACGCGCACCCUCAUCGCCCUGUGCGAAGCCGCACGUGCCCCACGCGUUGACCGGGUGACGGGGUCGCUGGUGGAGUCCACCGCCACCUUGGUCGUGUGCCCCACUUCCCUCCUCACACAGUGGGUCGAAGAGCUUCAGCGGUGUGUGGAGCGUCCCCCGUCUGCACCACUGCGCGUUCUCGUCUACUACGGUGCGCGCAAACGCCGACUUACUUUGUUUCAGAUCGCGCAGUCGUACGACUAUGUCAUCACGACCUACCAGACACUGGCACACGAGCCGCCGCCGCGGCUGCUCUCGGUUACCACUGGCAGUGAUGAUGGCGGAAGGUCUGGUUGGACGUCCAGGCUGCCGCAGAGCAGCGGCGGUUCUUUUUUCGAUGCGGAUCCCUACGACUGCGCAGACGAAUUCACCGCGGACGGCACGGAGAGCUAUGAUGUUGACCGUCAUCUGCAGACGGAGGUGGGGAAACUGUUCAUGAUCCGCUGGGCCCGCAUUAUCCUCGACGAGGCGCACUACAUCCGCAACAUGCGCACCCGACAGAGCCGGUCCUGCAUGCGGCUCUCUGGCGUGUUCAGGUGGGUCGUGACGGCGACACCGGUGCAAAAUAGCCUCAAUGACUUGUACCCGCUUCUUCGCUUUCUCGGGGUGCCUCACUUCAGCUCGCUGCAGUGGUGGAACGACGAGAUUGUGCGAUACUACAAUCAGGAUCCGCGCCACCCGCGGCCGGUCACUGCCCUCUCGAUUCUUUUCCGCUCGAUUCUGCUCCGUCGCACGCCGGAAUCACUGGUGGCCGGGAGGCCUCUUCUGGACCUUCCACCGAAGCAGGUGGUGACGCACACCGUCGCCUUGUCGCGCGAGGAGACACAGUUUUACAAGGCCAUUCACACGAAUGCCACCGAGAAACUCAACGCGCUACGGCAGCGCGACACUUUCACGCCGUCCAGCCCGCUUGCCACCUUCACGACUGCCUUUGAGAUGCUCGUGCGGUGUCGGCAGACUUGCUUGCACCCUUACAUCGUGGUGGCGGCGCUGCGCAAGUGUCAUGGCCUUCCUGGUGACGUAGACGCCGGUAAGACAGCGACGCAACGCGCCGCAUCCACUUCGCGCAGUGCUGCCCUCGCACAAUCGCAACGAGAGGAACAACAACGACAAGAGGCAGAGGAGCAGGUGGCGCGUGCGUUAGACCACUUUAUUCAAAGCGUUGUGCUGCGUCGGCUGCACACCACAAAAGCCAGUGAGUUUGUGCAGUUGCUUGUCAGCGAAAUCAAGCGGCAGAAGUUAGAGGCGAGAGAGUGCAUCAUCUGCCUCGAUACGGUGAACCGACCGGCGAUUCUGCCCUGCGCACACGUCUUCUGCGAGGAGUGCAUCACACACGCGCUGGAGGCAACGCGACGGUGCCCGCUAUGCAAACGCGCCACCAAAAACGGUGAGAUGUUGCUGGUCCCUGUGGAACUGCUGGACUCCGCGCAGCAUCCCACGGCGUCUGGAUCUGAUUCGAGUGGUGCUGUCGCAGGAGGUUCAAUUGGCCAAGAAAGAGGCAGAACUGUUAGAAGUGAAGAAGCUGAUCCACCGCCUGAAGUACCGGCCGAUUUGGACCUCACAAACGUCGCGAACUGGGGCCUGAGGCUCAGCUCGAAAACGCAGUACCUCAUCGACAUCAUUCAACGUGUUCCCGCGGUGGACAAAGUGGUGGUUUUUAGCAGCUUCCUGACCUACCUUCGCUACGCACAGCAUUGGCUGGAGGACAGCGGCAUCACGUGUGCGAUUUACAGCGGGUCCAUGACGAUGCGGCAGAAGCAGCUGCUGCUCGAUAAGUUUCGUGACGCCGCGCAACCCGACUCACCGCGCGUGCUUCUGGCCACCAUAAGUAGCUGCGGUGUGGGACUGAACCUCACAUGUGCAAACCACUGCUUUCUCAUGGAGCCGUCGUGGAACCCCAGCACGGAAGAUCAGGCCCUCAAUCGUAUUCACCGCAUCGGCCAGGCGAAACCGGUGACGGUGACGAAGCUGAUUGCGGGCGGCACCGUCGAGGAGAACAUCCGUCAGCUGUGCGAGCGGAAGCGGGCGCUGAGUGGGUACUGCUUCGGUGACGGCGGUGCUGGCGGAGGUGGCGGUGGGCGUCUUCGCACGGCGGAUCUGCUGGCGCUUUUUGCCCCGGAAGACGAGGAAUCGAGUGAGGAAGGCAGCGACGACGACGGGAGCGAUGAGGAGGAGGAGAGUGAUUGA